AGACGAAGACAAUCUCUGUCUAUAUGGAUAUCCAGAUGGAAGUUGGGAAGUGACUCUUCCAUCACAUGAGGUCCCACCAGUGAUUCCUGACCCUGCUCUUUGAAUCAACUUUGCAAGAAAUAAGAUGAGCCGAGACGAGUGGCUCUACCUGGUUGCAGUCCACAGUGACUCGUGGUUAUUCAAUGUGGCUUUCUUCUACGCUGCAUAUCUAAAUAAAAAUCAAAGGACGCGUUUGUUUAACUUGAUUAACCGUCUGACCAAUGUGGUUGAAGAUGUGAAAAAACGGAACGCUUUACAAAACACGCCUAGAAUAGACAAGAGUAGUGAAGCCAGCGGAAGCAAAUCUAAAGACAAGAGUUGUGAAGCAAGCGGAAGCAAAUCUAGGAUCCCCAAAAGAGAUCAAGUGAUGGACCGAGUAAAAGCACCUCAAAAAUUGUAGAAGAUAGUCAUGUGGAGAGUGAAGAAGAACAAGAGGAGACACCAUGUGGCUGUUGUGGCGAAGUCUACCAGAAGAAUGAGUUCUGGAUCGCGUGUGACUUCUGUCCGUUAUGGUAUCAUGGCAAGUGUGUGAAUGUCACAACCACAAUGGCCGAUGAGAUAGACAAGUAUGAAUGCCCUUUGUGCGCCCAGAAACGAACCAAAGCAUAGACUACAGAAACUGACUGGAU